AUGUCGCUCACGUGUAAUCAGUCUGGGACAUCUCUUCCAAAGUCUUCUUCAGGACACAAGGUCGAUUCGAAGGAAAGUGCUCGUAAGAAAGCUCGAAUCGAUAGAGAGAGCGAGCUCGAAUCUCUGAUGGUCGACAUUUGUCUGAAGAAGAUUGAGCAGACAGAACAAAGCCGAGCUCAACUAACCAAAUCAGCCCGCGACAUCAUGACAAAUGAUCUUAAGAACAUAUUUUACAAGCUCAAAAGUGUCAAUGAAGAAGGCUACACUGCACAUAUUCAGCACCUCGACGCUGCAUGCGUUUCAUUGGCAGAUUUGAAAGCUAGAAAGAUAAACCACACAAGCAACAGUAAAAUCGGCCAAACUGAACUCGACGCCGCUCAGCAAGAAGUCCGAAAAGCAGUCCUCAACUUCUUCGACCGCAAUGGUCUCCUCAGAUUACAUGCACUGCUCAAAGGCAAUGGACGGUGGCAAGCGCUUCUGCGUGGCCUUGCACUGCCACUCACUGGUCUCAGAAACCUUGACGCCAACCUGAGAUUUCAGAAGAACGACAUCGAACGGCAACUAAAGUCCGAGGUUUCCGAUCUUCUUGCAUGGCUCACUCCGUGCGAGGUUCAUACCUCUGUCCCAUCGUCUACCAGCUACAGCAACACCUCGACACGAAACAACGACAAGAUCGUUGUGGAAACUCAACUCGACGAGCAAAGGACGCAACGGAAAGCAGAUCUCGCCACGCUUCGAAUGCAUGGUGACCAAGCUGGUAACCUGCGAAGUGCAAAGGGCCAGGUAUCGAGUUUGCAUAAUGAUCAUGCACAGCAGCAGCAGCAGCAGCCAGUAUCUAACUCUAUCGUCCUGUACGCCCUCAGUGACGCUCACUUCAAAGAUUUACUUGCACAAAGUUCGUCGACGGGCAAUGCUAAAGCCAGCACUACAAAGGCUGAUCAGACAUGCCCUGAACUUCCCAAUGCGAUCGAAAGUUUCGUCGAGCACCAAGGACAAGAGUCUGCUCUCCCUGCAAACAUCCAGACUGCUGGCCCUGAGACACAGUGGGGAUCAAACCAGAACACGGCCAUGGUAUUAGCUCGAUCUGUACCGCAACAGAUGGCUGAUGUUCGCGCUGCAGAAGAGCUGAAACAGAAAACAGCCACUCUAUCCAAGCUCCAGGCAUAUGGUCAGGCUUAUAGCAUCGUUAUCGGCCAAUUGAAAGACGCACAGAAUGGUGGUCCCACCCCCACAUUCGUCGAAGACCUCCAGAUGCCAGAUGCGGAAGCCUGCUACUACAGACUUGAGAGUCUGUGGAACAGAGUACUGCAAGCGAUCAAUGACCGUAGUGUUGAACAUCUGCGGGCCAACAUUGACUUAUUCUACGCCUUCGCCAUCUGUAUGCGUGAGGCUCAUUGUCUCCUACGAGUGCUGCACUAUUAUGGGUACGACGUCUCGCAGUUGGUCGAAACUGGGUGGGAUCUGGUUGGCAUGCGCCGCUUGCAGUCUGAACUGGUGGAUUUUGCUCAUGAAGAACCUUUCAUAUGGUCGAAGCCAGACGUGGACGCAAUCUGUACGGCUUUGCAGGCCGCAUAUAACGAGCAAGCGCUGUCGACAGGUUCACAGCCGCCUCGUUUCGCGGCAGCGAUUGGGUCAUCUCAGGAGCCAGAGGUACUGGCUGAAAUAGAGCAACAUCUUGGUCAAGUCGUACAACAGCCAUCUAUCGUUCAACCAGUAUACUAUCCGCGGCAAGUACCCGUUGCUGUGCCCUGUGUGCAACCUCCAGUCGGCUACACCAAUCACCAAGCUCCUACCACAAACCCCCUUCCACACUAUGCAGACACUGCUGAACACGAAGUGAUGAAAAUUGACCAGACCUCCCAAAUCUGCCCGUUCUUCCAGGACAGAGGCUGUACGAAAGUGGGCGACGCACGCCGACCAUGUAAAUACGACCAUCCCGAGAGUAUGAAGUACGAAGUCUUUUGCCCAACCCUGAUGCAAGGUUCUCCAUGUCAAUUUGGAGACGAGGGGUGUCGAUACAGACAUAACGGGCUUCAUGGGAAUCAUGUCAAUAUUCCACAACCUCAGGCUCAGCCUUUUGCCAACGUUGGAGCAGUCGCACUCGCCAACACGACGAUACCUGGCGGAACGGCUCCAAACGGUAAGCAACGGGAUCCUGCACUGGAGGGUAGCUAUUGUCGGGCUCACCAGAAAGGCCACUGUCGAAAAGGUGAUCACUGCUCCUGGCUGCAUGACAUAUCACCACAUGGACUCCUCUAUCAGAACGCCGCGCAGGUGCCCGUAGGACCGCUUCAUCCUCAGUCCAACUUCACAGCUGAGAACUAUUUCCAAAAUGGCAGGCUUGGGGCUCAGUCUGCAAUUCCACAAGUACUAGAAACAAAAAGUCCAUGUCGACACCUUGCGAGGGGCUCUUGCAGGUACCCUGACGACUUGUGCAAGUAUAGCCACGAUCCUGCGGUUUUUGCGAGUCACGGCAUGGUAUUACCCCAACCCCUACAGCAACCACUCGGAGAUGCUACGAUGGGAGCCGCAGCAUCCAAUGGUGACAAUACGAACCCGAUCAAAACCAGCCGGCCGCCUCGAUCCGAGAUGCCAUGCAGAAACGAGAAGAACGGGCGCCUCUGCUCCAAACCAACCUGUUGGUUCAUGCACGUGAACCCAGAAUCCGCAGCCUACGCAGACACCGACGGCUACGCAGCCGGCGACGAAAUGGGCCAGCCACAGCAGCCACUCUCAAACCGCGCGCAACUAAACACCAGCCGUGGGAGGGGCGGUCGUGGAAGAGGCGGCCCCCACGGGAAGGACUUUGCAUACAACCCGCAACAGCCCCUGACGUUCCAGCAGCUCCCCCAAACGCAGACCCCAGCAGACGCACGAGCUCGACUCGAACAAUUCCUGCUCAACAGCGCGCCUCCCAAUGUCCCGCUGCCUCUGCAAAGCAACCAGCCGAGCAAUCGCACGCGCGGGAAUACAGGCCGUGGGAACAACGCUCGCGGGAGCAACCGUGGAAACGCCAGCGGCAUUCAGCAUGCUGGCGACCAGAGAUCUGGGAACGGAUACAGCCGUGGUGGUCACAAUGGAUUUACCAACGGCCGCAUCAACAGCAGCCGCGGUGGCUAUCGUGGCGGGCGCGGGGGUCAGGCGGGAAUUCACGAUCGCGGGAAUGUUCAGGGUGGCGGUACUAGUAUUCGCGGUGGCGGUGUUCAGGUUGCAUAUGCGGCGUCGACGGGAAGCGGAGGCUUGUGA